AUGACCCUCAAUACUCGACAAGCACCGGCGAUCGAGUCGACUAAGCAAAAUCAACCCGGAGAGUCGCAGGGUGGAAACCAGUCAUCUUACUUCCAGUGGUGCAAGUUGAAUCUAUUACGAUCCCGCAACAUCCCUCCAGUACCACAGGAAAGGCAGGUGUCUCGAGAAUAUGGCGCCAACUUUGCCAGUCUCAUUACCUUCCAAUGGGUUGCCCCAAUCGUGAAGCUCGGUUACAAGCGGGAGUUGGAGAUCCAGGAUAUUUGGACGGUGAACCCAACUCGAUCCGUAAGUAUCCUAUCCGACAGGCUGGACGAAGCUCUCAGUGCGCGGCUUGCACGUGGAGGGAGACAGCCAUUGGCCUGGGCUUUAUAUGACACACUAAAACCCGGACUAUGGGUUGGCAUAUCAUGCCAGGUGCUUAGUAUGUGUCUGUUGGUGCUGGCGCCCUUUGUUCUCCGACACAUAAUCGAGUUUGCGAUGGGUGCCUAUAUCUCCCAGCACAACAGUCUCCCGGGACCCAACCUUGGCAAGGGCAUGGGUUUAGUUAUAGGCCUUGUUGCCAUGCAAUUGGUACAAAGCCUAUCCAGCAAUCAAGCAUUCUAUCAAUCGUUGGUCGCAGGCGGCGAGCUGAAGGCGGUUCUUACCCCCAAGGUGUUUUCCAAAGCAAUGAGACUGUCUGGUCGUGCUAGAGUCGGCAAUAAGACAGGCUACAGCGAUGGACGGAUAACCACGUUGAUGGCCGUGGAUCUGAGCCGUCUCGAGAAAGGCUGUGCAGUGCUCCAUAUACUUUGUGCCACUCCAACUGCCUUGAUCAUUGCCCUAAUCACCUUGUUGGUUAAUAUCGGCUACAGCGCUUUGGCCGGAUAUGCCUUCCUUGUUGCUAUGACAUGCUUGCUCACUUUUGCUGUUCGGUCUAUAAUCAUUCGACGCAGAGCUAUAAAUACCAUUACAGACAAGCGGGUUAGCUUGACACAAGAGAUCUUGCAGAAUGUGAGGUUUAUCAAGUUCUUUGCGUGGGAGAACAGUUUCCUGGGGCGACUUCGAACGACACGAAAGCUCGAGAUAGAUUUGCUUAGGCGUUUUCUAGCGACGCGACACUCGAUCACUGUUUCCUUUACUACUAUGGCAAAUUUCGCCUCGUUGCUAUCCUUCAUGACAUACGCGUUGAGCGGUCAUAGACUCUCAACAGAUCGGAUCUUUGCCUCCCUUGCUGUUUUCAACGCGAUUCGACUGCCACUCAGCAUGAUGAAUAUCGUCGUCACGUCUACCACCGACGCUGUAACAUCCCUCAAUCGACUCCAGGAAUUUCUUCUAGCAGAGGAAAGGCAAGACUUUAUUACAUGGGAUAGGAACAUGGAGAAAGCAUUCGAGUUUGAAAAAGCAUCAUUCGAGUGGGAGAGUAUGCCAGAUGUGGAGGUUAAGACAGCAGGAGUGGAUUCCUUUCCUGUAUCAGCCUCUGGGCCCAGGACAACAUCACCCUGGGAUGGUGCCAGUAAGCCUGUUAGCGAAACAACGGACAAAGGACCAUUCAGGCUCAUGGACAUUGACUUCCAGGCCUCUCGGCGUGAGCUUAUCGCCGUGAUAGGGGCCAUUGGCAGUGGCAAGAGCUCCGUGUUAGGGGCUUUGGCAGGUGAAAUGCGAUUAACGGCUGGUUCAGUACGUAUGAGUACAACGCCAGCAUUUUGUCCCCAGUACGCAUGGAUGCAGAAUACGACAAUUCGAAACAAUAUAUUAUUUGGACAACAAUACGAUGAGGUCCGGUAUAAUCAGGUUAUCGACGCAUGUGCUCUCCGGCCGGAUCUCGCCACGUUUUUAGACGGGGACCAAACAGAAAUAGGAGAGCAAGGUAUCACACUGUCCGGAGGUCAGAAGCAGCGCUUAAAUAUUGCCAGGGCUAUUUACUCUAACUCCGACAUUAUCCUCUUGGACGAUCCGCUAUCCGCAGUGGAUGCAGACGUCGGGCUCCAUAUCAUGAAUCAGGCGAUAUGUGGUCUACUUAAAGCUCGAUGUAGGAUACUGGUCACACAUCAACUGCAGUUCCUUGCUCAUUGUGAUCGAAUUGUUGUCAUGGAGGCCGGCCGCAUCGUUGAUAUUGGUACAUUCGAACAUUUGGUACAAAAAAAUGAAGUACUCCAGAGUCUCGUAUCGGUCCAUCAUCACGAAAAGGAAGAAACACCAGGGUCACCUCGGCUUGCUGAUGCAGUCCAAUUACGAGAGGCUGCCCCUAAACCGAAGGUUACAAAUAGGAACGCUGCGCCAUUGAUGAAGGAGGAGGAGAGGGUGCGACAUGCGAGACGGAGAGACAUCUGGAGAGCAUAUGCCGUAUCUUCCGGUUCUAUUGCUAAUAUUUUCAUAGUGUUGGCCCUAGCUGUCCUGUCUGCUGGAGGAACGAUUUUGAGCGGGGUGUGGUUGUCAUUUUGGGUUUCUAACAAGUUUCCACAGCUAAGUUUGGGCCAAUAUCUGGGUAUAUAUGCAGGUAUCACAGGCGCCCAGGCCGCUAUCCUCUAUCUGUUUUCGGUCUACGUGACAACUUCUGCGGCCAAUGCUAGUAAAGCGAUACUCGAAGAUGCUAUGUAUCGUGUUCUGCGGGCACCAACCUCAUUCUUUGACACGACACCGUUGGGACGUAUUAUCAAUCGAUUUUCAAAAGACGUGCAGAUACUGGAUAAUGAAUUGGGUGAGACUGUACGGCUGUUUUUGUAUCUCUUCCUAAUUAUUGUUGCCAUCAUGGUACUUGUCAUUGUCUACUUCCACUAUUUUGCUCUUGCGGUGGGACCAUUAGUAGCUAUUGUUAUAUUUGUUACGAUAUACCACCGGUCCUCUGCUCAAAGUUUAAAGCGGCAUGAAGCUGUGCUCCGUUCGGUUGUAUUCGCGAGAUUUAAUGAAGCUAUCACGGGUGUUGCAUGUAUCAGAGCGUACAGCAUGGAGGGCUAUUUCCGACAGAGUAUCGGUCGAGCAAUCGAUUCCAUGAACGCUGCUUAUUUUCUCAUAUUUGCCAACCAGCGGUGGCUUUCGGUUCGCCUGGACCUUGUCUGCAAUACACUACUUCUAGUAACUGGGGCUCUCGUUGUCACAUCUCGUUUCGAUGUUUCACCCAGCAUAUCUGGCUUAAUCCUUUCCUACAUGCUUAGCAUUUCACAAACACUACAGUUUUCUAUUCGCCAGUACACAGAGCUUGAACAGCACAUAAACUCUGCCGAACGACUCCAUCACUAUGGUACCUCUCUGGAAGAGGAGAAAACUGAUCCUCUACGCUUGGUGGAGGUUUCGAACACCUGGCCAGAACAAGGCCAAAUUACUUUUGAAAAUGUCCAGAUGCGUUACCGUGAUGAGCUGCCACUGGUACUCAGGGGUCUUACGGUGUCCUUCCGCAGUGGGGAACGUAUCGGCGUGGUAGGGAGAACGGGGGCUGGAAAGUCGAGUAUCGUAUCGGCUCUCUUCCGCUUAACUGAGCUCUCAGGUGGGAAUAUCCGGAUUGAUGGUGUUGAUAUAUCUACCAUUGCGUUGCACGAUCUACGAUCCCGGUUGGCUAUUAUACCACAGGACCCCACUCUCUUUCGGGGUACGAUUCGGUCAAAUUUGGACCCAUUCAACCAGUAUACAGAUCUAGAACUCUGGUCGGCACUCCGGGAGGCACAUUUAGUGGGGUCCCCGCCAGAGGCACCGUCCGAUGGUGACGAGGAUACAUGCGAGGUAGCCAAUGAGAAAGCAGCGGGUGUCAGCCAGUUGCAUCUUGACACCCAGGUGGAUGAAUUUGGACACAAUCUUUCUCUCGGUCAACGUCAACUGAUGGCUCUCGCCCGAGCUAUUGUGCGGGAUUCCAGGAUUGUUAUUUGCGAUGAAGCAACCUCUUCCCUUGACUACCAGACAGACCAGAAGGUCCAACAAACUAUCUCCAGCUUCCAUGGCAAGACGUUGUUUUGUAUUGCCCACCGGCUAAGGACCAUUAUUCAUUACGACCGUAUCUGUGUCAUGGAUAAAGGAUGUAUCGCGGAGCUAGAUACGCCUGUACGUCUCUGGGAGCAACAGGGUAUCUUCCGGGAAAUGUGCAAUCAGAGUGGUAUAACACGUGGGGAGCUAGAAAGAGGGCCACUCGGCUUGUAG